AUGGCCUGUGAUUUGCAUCUUCUGACUUUCACAGCACUCGCCUGCAUUAGCUGCGAAGCAUCCAGCAUCGCAGGGACAAUGUGCGUGGAGAUUACAGUAAAUAAAAGCUAUAGCUGUGAAGGUUUAGCACUGAGGGAGAUUCCUGAAAAACUACCUGUCACAACAGAAAUCCUCGACUUCAGCUUCAACAUGCUCCCUUCCCUCCAGAAUUCAACCUUCUCUGAGCUGAAAUCUCUUCUAUACUUGGAUUUAACGAGGUGUCAGAUCAACUGGGUGUAUGAUGGUGCCUUUCACAGCAACAAGCAGCUGAAGACAAUUGUGCUGACUGGAAACCUCCUCCUGUUUCUGUCUGACACAGCGUUUGCUGGCCCAUGGUCCUUGAAGCAACUUGUCUUAAUGCAGACAGGAAUAACCACCAUGUCCUUUAUUCCAAUGACAAAUCUGGACAGUUUGGAUACCCUCAUCUUGGGCAGCAACCACAUCUCCUCCCUGCAGCUUCCUCCCAACUUUCCCACUCAAAACCUCAAAUACCUUGACUUUCAAAUGAACAACUUAAGAACAAUCACAGCAGAAGACGUCCGCAUUCUGAUGAAGACCAGCAAUAUAACUCUCAUCUUUAAAAGCAAUGACAUUACAUACAUUGAACCUGGAGCUUUCCAGUCCCAUUUCUACAGUUUGGACUUUGGGGGCUGCACUGACAUCCCUGCAGUCCUGGCAGGGAUACAGAACUCCACAGCCCAGACCCUUUGGCUGGGAACAUUUCAUGGUGUGGAAAAGGAACCUGACAUAAGCCCAAAUGUUUUACAAGGCCUCUGUAAUAUCUCUGUCAAGGAUCUCUAUCUGCAGCUACGGCACUUCAGACACCUAAAUGUGGACAUGUUUCAAUGCUUGAUGAGGUUCCGAAAGCUGGACCUAACUCAAACCGGCAUCAGCGCGUUGCCCCCAGGCAUCAGCAGCACGAGCUUGCUGGAGGAGUUGGUUCUCAACGCCAACUCCUUUGAGCACCUCUGUGACAUUAGGUCUGCUGCCUUCCCCUCCCUCACCCACCUCCACAUCAAGGGAAACUCGCGGGUCCUGCAGCUGGGCUCUGGCUGUUUGGAGCCACUGGCAAACCUUCAACAUCUGGAUUUAAGUAAGAGUCAUAUUGAAAGCUUUGACUGCUGCUACGGAGCGCUGAGUGGUUUGAGCAGUCUUCGAUACCUGAAUCUGAGCCACAACAUAAAGCUCCACCUCAAAGACAUGCUCAUUAAGGACAGUACUAACCUGGAGCUGCUGGAUCUAGCUUUCACUCCUCUUCAUACCAACGCUUUACAGGGUCCUUUCCAAAAUCUGCAUCUCUUGAAAGUGCUCAACCUUUCUGCCUCUCACAUUAAUACUAGCAUUCAGAAUCUCUUUCAAGGCCUAGAAAACCUCAUUCUCUUGGACCUUAGUCAAAAUAACUUUGAGUUGGGGAUCAUGCCAAAGGACAAACUGUUCCAGCAGCUGCCCAAUUUAGAGGCACUAACUUUAUCAUCCUGUGAACUGACAGCAAUAGACCACCAAGCAUUUCACAGCCUUAGAAAGUUGCAGCAUGUUGAUUUGAGUCACAACAAACUUAUUGCAUUCAGCACAGAUGCAUUUUCAAACAUCAAUGGCAUCUAUCUCAAUUUUGCUCACAACAGGAUCCGUAUGGUACCACGCGACAAGCUAGCAUCCAUAGCUGGCCACUGCGUGAUCAAUUUAAGUUACAACCCUCUGGACUGCACCUGCUCCAAUAUUGCUUUAAUCACCUGGUACAAGCAGAAUCUGGAUAAAAUUGAAGACUCUGAAGGAACAAGAUGCUCUGAACCCAAGUUGCUUGCUGGAGCUCAGCUGGCCACCAUCUCACUCUCCUGUGGGAUUAGUACAGGAGGAGUCAUCGCAAUUGUCCUGAGUAUUUUACCCUGUGGUGCCAUUUUCAUUUGGGGUGCUCGCUAUUUCAAGCAAAAUUACCAGCAAAUAUAA